AUGUCUGUGUUGUCGAUGAUCGAGGGAAUUGUAUACGAAGUAAUGGAGUUUCUGAAGUCCGGAAAUAUAAAUGAAGCUAGGGAACCGCACUUUUUGAAGCUAUUAGUAAAGAAGCCAGAAGAAUUUACACGCCUGAUGGUUAUUUUGAAAAUGGCCCACGAAGCUGUACGAGAGGACAAAUUCAUAACAAAACGAUCUAUAUAUUACUCAAAUCCCAUUUUAUUCAAACGACAAUCCAUUAUAGACCCAUUAUUGUCAAAGAUUUGUAAGGAGCUUAGCCUCUCUCGGUGCGCUCUUAAAAUAAACGCUUCUUCUAAAUUGAUUGUUUAUGGUGAUAUUUAUCUAGGGAUCGGGUAUGAAAGCAACAUCGUUGAAAGAAAUAAUUUGGGUAUACCUGAAAGUUUAUUGAAAAGUGGAUAUGAGGUUAUUAUCUCAGAAUGUUUACCUCAAUUUAUUUUGAUAAUUGAAAAAGACACAAUUUUUCGGAAACUUUUAAAUGAGAAGUUCUAUGAAAAAUUCAAACCUUGUUUAUUGGUUACAGCUAAAGGUUAUCCAGAUUUGAUAACUCGACAAUUUCUUGCUCAAAUAAAUUGUAUACAUCCAAAUAUUCCAAUAAUUGGACUUUUUGAUGCUGAUCCUCAUGGUAUAAAUGUAUUCUGUACUUACAAGUAUGGUACUACGAAUCCUAUGAUGCAAAAUGAAGAUGGUAGUCCAAUAAGAAUAUCAAAUCUUCAACUCUGUGGACUAUUACCAAGUGAAUUAUCAUCUCUUCAUAUAAAACAAACUGAUCUAUUAAAAUUAACUAAACGAGAUAAAUCUUUAUUAAAUUCAAUGGAAAAACGUCCAUAUAUUCAACAAGAAUCAAUAUUAUUAAAACAGAUAAAAUAUUUAUUAUUUAAUGAAAAUAAAGCUGAAUUAGAAAUAUUAAAUACAAUUCAUUCAAAUUAUUUAACCAAUGAAUAUUUACCAAAUAAAUUACAAUUAUGGGGUAUAUUACCAAAUAAAUAA